AUGUCUACGCCCCUAAUCCUGCUCCCUGGUGAUGAGGUGCCCAGUAGCCACCUCCCAUCCAUCAAAAACAAUCCUCUCAAGCUAGGAUCAGGCGUUCGUCUUCUGUCGCAGCCCUCAGCGAAGCCAGCAGCGUCGAACCAUGUCCUCACAGCAACACAAGCUGGCAUUCUGACGACCGAUGCUAAGCGAAACACUGUUUCUCUUCAAUCCUUCUCCAACCGCCGAUAUAUUCCUACGACCAAUGACCUUGUCAUCGCACAGGUUCACCACUCCAGCAUCGAUUACUUUCAUUGCAUUGUGACCCCACACACAGCACAAGCUCUAUUAGGUCAACUCUCCUUCGAAGGCGCCACCAAGAAAACUCGGCCCAUGUUGAAGGGUGGCGAUCUGGUGUACGCGCGAGUUUCGUCAGUGGGUGUUGGCGCAGGUGCCGAAAUCGAGAUCACCUGUGUCAACCCGGCGACCGGCAAGGCCGAGCCGGGUGGUCUCGGUCCGCUUACUGGUGGCAUGGUCUUUGAUAUCUCCACGGGAUUUUCGGCGCGGUUAAUUCGUGCGAGCUCCUCCUCCGCAGACCACGGUGAUGCCAUCGAUGGGCUUGUGGUUCUUGCUGAGCUUGGAAAGAAAUUAGAAAGCCUCGGUGGCUUUGAGAUCGCCGUUGGCCGUAACGGAAAAGUCUGGAUUGACUGCUCAGCAGCGGGUGAAAAUGCUGUCAAAUCUACCAUCGCGGUCGGACGGUGCCUUCAAACCACCGACGACAAAAACUUGAAUACGAUGGACCAGAAGAAAUUAGUCACUAGGGUUCUUCGGGAGAUGAAGCUUAUUUCCUGA